GGAGAGAGAGAGGGAGAGGAGGAGGAGGAGGAGAGACAGGGGGAGAGGAGAGCUGAUGCCUAAGCGAGUCACUCGGCGCAGGCACGGCGGGCGGGACCACAACUUCCCGGGGCGCGGAGCGGCGCGGAGCGGCGCGGAACGGAGCGCGGCGGUCGGAGCGCGCCCAUGUCAGCGCGGCGCCGGGGGACUGCACGGCGCUACGGGCAGCACUGAGCUCCCCUCCUCGCCCAGCGAUGUAUUCACUGCUCUCCGCCUGCACUUGCCUAUGUUUACAUUUCCUGCUGCUGUGCUUUCAGGUACAGCAUGGCGAGAUGAAGGCUGGGAGGAGAGCGGAGAGAGGGAGCAGCCUGAAUGCAUCCCAAGGAGAAGCGCGAGGGGGAAAGGUGUUGUUGAAGCUGAAGGACGCUGUUGGUACAAGGAUAAAUAGACGUAAGCUGGACAUGUUUGUUGCCGAGGAGAAUGUAGAUUUUCGGAUACACGUGGAGAACCAAACGCGAGCAAGAGACGACGUGAGCAGGAAGCAGCUCCGGCUCUAUCAGCUGUACAGCAGGACAAGCGGGAAGCACAUCCAAGUGCUGGGCAGGAGGAUCAGCGCCAAGGGAGAAGACGGAGAUAAAUAUGCCCAGCUUCUAGUGGAAACAGACACUUUUGGCAGUCAAGUCCGGAUCAAAGGGAAGGAGACAGACUUCUACCUUUGCAUGAACAGGAAAGGCAAGCUAGUGGGGAAGCCUGAUGGCACCAGCAAGGAGUGCGUCUUCAUUGAGAAGGUCCUGGAAAACAACUACACGGCGCUGAUGUCAGCAAAAUAUUCAGGCUGGUAUGUUGGAUUCACCAAAAAAGGGAGGCCACGGAAAGGGCCCAAGACCCGGGAAAACCAGCAAGAUGUACAUUUUAUGAAGAGGUACCCAAAGGGGCAAGUGGAGAUACAGAAACCUUUCAAGUACACAACAGUCACCAAGAGGACUAAGAGAAUACGACCCACCAACCCCAGUUAAAAGUAGACGAAACGGUGUCACAAUAAUAAACCACAAAAAAAAAAAAAAAAAAAAAAAAA